GGCUACGUAAGGGCAGGUUUGGGAGUCAGGCGCAUCGUCGCUCUCCUGCUUUCUUUAUAGCUUCACGGGUCGCCAGAUACCUAGGGCGCAGGUACCUAUAUGCAUUCGUCCCACGUCAUAUCAAACGACUGAUACCCCGCCACUCUCUGGUCCACCACGCACGCUCGUCGCCCAAAAGAGCCUGACGUUUAUUGUCGCGGGCGAUCCAGGGAUUGAGGGAGCAGCCGCGCCUCUCGCACGCAUUUCGCCAUGGAUAAUCGCAAGCAGGGACGGCCUGAAGAGGAACUGUUCCUGCGCUACUCAGCGAGCGCAGAGACGCCCACGGUUGGGCCGCUGAAGAUACAAAAGCGCGACACAGCCUCGAAGAGCCCGCCUCCUCGCACCGAUUCUGCAGGCAGCUCGAGCCAGCCUGCUUUCUGGCGCCCGCCCCCGAUGCCCUCGUUCCCUGCUCCGCCAUCGAGUCCACCCACAGCUCCUCUGCCCUACCCCGACGAACGUCUGCAAACCCUGGGCCAGGGCCGCUAUACGCCACUGAGCGAGCGCGAGCGCAUCGGCAGAACAGCGACACCACCCGACGCAGGGCGACGGCGCGGCUCCAAUGCGACCGGGCCCAGUCCGACGUCGCCCGACAAGCGCGCCCGCUUCGAUGCCAACGACCCCAACCGGCCAACGCAGGCGGGCUACGGCGGACGCAAUGCAGACGGGUCCAUCCAGCCAUCGCGCCUGGCCGAGCGGCGGGGAACUGCGCCAAAGCCCCUGCCUGAGUCGCCGUUGGACUCGCCCGACAGCGAGGGCCUGUUCCAGCGCGCGCCACAGAGACAGGGCACGGCUGGCGGCGAUGCGAGCAACCCGUUCCCCGAGUACCACCAGCAGUACUGGCCGCCGCCGAACGCGGGGCCCAGUAAGCAGCCCGAGGUCGCCCUGCAGAUUCCCGCGCCCGGCGGCGUCAAUCGCCUGAGCUCGACGGCCUCGACGUCCACGACAAGAGCGCAGCGAGGCUCUCCACCGCCGCCCGAGACUCCCAUCAUUCCUCCGUCGGGCGGGGGCAUCGAGGCGCGCUUUGCGGCGGCCGGCAUCGCAGGCACGUCAACGCUGAACAGCCUGCAGGCGCAGAACAUGCAGAACGCGGCGGCCUCACAGCGCAGCCAGGUCUACGCGAACCAGCAGCCGCGCCCCAUUAUCACGUCUCCACCACCACAGCAGCAGCAGCAGCAGCCCGUACGCAGGCCAUGGACGCCCACUGAGCAGCCCGGAAGCAACCCACAUGGCCCGCCUGCAGUGUACCAGGGGCCGGAUCAGGUGGCCGCGACAGCUCCACCACAGGGCCCCCUCCCACAGGCGCCUCUCCACUCGUCGUCUCCGGCCCCGAGCAGUGUGCCGCCAGAGCACCCCCUGAACCACGACAUGGGCCGCAUGAACCUGGGCGAGGAGCCUCCGCCGGCCUACUCGAGCAUCACACAGCCGCCCACCGCCCAGGGCCAGGCCUAUCCCAACGAGAAGGGACGGCCGCAGCCCUCGGCUUACGGCGUAUCCGCCAGCGAUCCCAACCAGGGCCACCCCGCAUUUGCCAACGACGUGCGCCCCCAGCAAGCAACCCCCUCACAGCAGACGGCCAUUGUCGUGGCACCCACACCCGUCGCGAGCCAGUUCCCCCCGCAAAUACAAACAGCUCAGCCGCUUCACACGUCGAGUCCAGCGCCCGGGCCUGGGCCUGGGCCAGCUUCUCCUCCACCGCUGCCCGAGGGCUGGAUCGCACAUCUGGAUCCCAGCUCAGGCCAGUACUACUACAUCCACCUCCCCACACAGUCCACGCAAUGGGAGUUCCCCAAGGGCCCUACCCCGCUGAACCUGAACGAGCCACUGUCUCCGACAGGCACGUUUGUGAAUCCGCUGACUUCGCCAUCGUUUGGAAAGGCGUCGAUGGCAUCACCUGGAUUCCCGGCCCAAACCCCCGGCUUUCCAGGAGACUUUGGCAUGGCGCCGCUCGCGACUCCCACUGCAGCAGGGUUUACAGGCCCGCCUCCAGUGGCCGGCGUAGACCAGUACAAGGUCGGGCCCACCAACGGAGUCUACUUUGGACCGUACCUGCGAUACACCAACAUGGACCUCGAGCGAGGGCUGUGGCUUGGCUCGAUUCUCUUGGUCACAAACACGCCCCAUCCUCCCACAAUCCACAUCCAUCAGAGCGCAGAUCUGUCGCCAAAUCCGCGGCAACUCAAGGCCAAUCCCAUCUACGCGCAUCAGACGUGGAUGUUCUAUCGCUACGACGUCGACUUGAAGAUGGACGAAGAACACGCCUCGAAAUGGACAUACGCCAUCACUUCGCACUUGGGCUGCACACGAUUCGAGUUCCUGGUCGCCGGACGCCAUGAGACCAGCUGGAGGUUCAUUGCUCACUCUGGCAACGACUUUGCGCUCAACGUGAAUGCCAACGAGCGGAACAAGCUCGGGGGUGUAGGGCUCAUGUGGAAGGACAUCCUGCAAAAGAACGCAGAAUGCGGUGGUUUCCACGUCCAGCUAGGCCUAGGGGGUCAAAUCUACGCAGAUCGCCUGUGGAAAGAGAUCCCACUUCUAAAACAGUGGACAGCUAUGAGUGGCAAGGAGACGCGCAAGAACGCUCAGUGGACUGCCAAGCAUGAGGAUGAGGUCUCGCACGCCUACUUCCACUACUACACCAGUCAUUUCGAUCAGCCCCAUCUGCGGGAAGCCUUUGCGCAGAUCCCUCACAUCCUUGCUCUCGACGACCAUGACAUCUUCGAUGGCUUUGGCUCAUAUCCCGAGUACAUGCAAUUCUCCAACAUGUUCAAGAACAUUGGAAGGUUGGGUAUCGAGAUGUACCUACUUUUCCAGCACCACACAACACUUGAGAUACUUCGCAAUGUCAGCAACGACAUAGAUCUCUUCACCGUUACUGGUACUGGCUGGCAUUUCAUCAAGUAUCUGGGUCCCUGUGUUACCGUCGUUGGCCCAGAUUGCCGCUCCGAGAGGAACCCGCACCAAGUUAUGGCUGGCCCGACGUACCAGGGUAUCUUCCCCAAGGUUGCCACAUUACCACCCAGCAUUCAGCACUGCAUCUGGAUGGUUCCAGUCCCCAUCGUCUAUCCUCGCCUUGAGUCUGUCGAGCAUCUUGCUCAUUCAAUGGCAACAGGGAAGAAAGCCGUCACGGGCACAUUCAAUAUGCUGGGCAAAGUAACGAGUUCCGUCGCCGGUGUCGUUGGCGCUAAGGGCGUGGUCGGCGACGGCUUCAAUUCUGUCAAGAAGGCUAUUGGAAAAUCAGGCCUCAUGAGUGGUGUCCUGAGUCCUUUUGGAGAAAUUGAUCUCCUUGACGAACUACGAGACCUGUGGACGCACGAUUCCAAGGACCUCGAGCGUACAUAUCUAAUCCGAACCCUACAAGGCAUUGCUCACAACAAAUCCCUGCGCAUCACCUUCUUUUCUGGUGCCGUCGACUGCUGCGGUGCAGGCCUUGUUCAUGACCCUGCCCGUCCCCAGGACCACAAAACAAUGUAUCAAAUCAUCUCCUCCAGCGUGGUAAACGCACCGCCAGGCAACUACGUUCUCCGCCUUCUGCACAACAACCGUGCCCUGUACGUCCCACAAAACGGUCACCGCAGCAAUCACCAGCCUUCGGACACAAAAGAAGACAUGAUGGAGAUUUUCACCCAGGACGUGAAUGGCCAGCCGCGCGAAUACAAAAGACUCAUGGGCCGGAGAAACUACGUGGCGUGUGUGAUCUACGAUCCUGAGAUUGUAAAUGGCACGUUUGGUCAAGCUGUGCCGGGGCAUGGGAGCGGGAAGCUGAGUUUGGCGGUCGAUUUCAUGGUGCAGAACGAUGGGGGGUAUAGUGCGCCGAUGAAGUACGGGCCGGUCAUUGUGCCGAGCCUAGACUAUGGGCGGUAGGCGGUAAUGGUGAUGGCGAAGGGUGUUGGAUUCGGGUGUUUGUGCUUUACCCAGCGGUUGGCGUGCAUAGUAAGCGUUUUGGUUUUUGGCGCAGGUUUGAAUGGUGCGGUUGUUACUGCGCUUGUCCAUACGACUCAGUUAGUCC